GCGCAGUUCCCCAAAAACGCCUUUUCGACUGGUCAUUUUCUUCAGUUCCGCACUGGAUGUCAGCGAGGAGAAACGUCUUCUGGAAAAGGGAAAGUUUCGCGAGUGCAGUGUGUUUUCCGAAUUAUUAAAAUACAGUGAGACAUCAUACAAAAGUAACACUCCAUAUUAGUGCCCAGUCAUCGUCCCAUACGGAUUAGAUUUGCAGCCAUCGAUUGUGCUUGAUAGUGCUUCAGAAGAAACCCCGCUCAAAUAACCAAACCAACUUCAUAAUGUCGGAAGUGAAGACCUACUCGCUGGCGGAAAUCAAAGCCCACAACACCAAUAAGUCCACCUGGAUCGUGAUUCACAACAAUAUCUACGACGUGACGGAAUUCCUGAACGAGCAUCCCGGUGGGGAGGAAGUGCUGCUGGAGCAAGCCGGAAAGGAAGCCACGGAGGCGUUCGAAGAUGUUGGCCACAGCACAGACGCCCGCGAGAUGAUGAAGAAGUUCAAGGUCGGCGAACUGAUCGAAUCCGAGCGGAAGCAAGUGCCCGUCAAGAAGGAACCCGACUGGAGCACCGAGCAGAAGGAUGAGAACUCCCUGAAAUCGUGGAUCGUGCCGCUGAUCCUUGGACUCCUGGCAACCAUCAUCUACCGGUUCUACUUUACUCAGUAACCUGCCACCCAGUAAGUAGUGUAUGGAACAGCCAAACGGUGUCAUGUCCUCGGAGGGAAAUCCUCUACGUAACCGUGCCGAAAGUUUUUUUUCUUCAUUCCAAACAAAAAACAAAAUCUACGACAGCUUGAACCGGGAAAAAUGUGUGUUGUCAAGGUGCAUCACCAAUAUACUAAUUUGCUGCACACAUUUUCACAUUCGAACACCGUCACACACACACAACUAAAGCCGGAGCCAAUGCUUUCCAGACAACACCGCCAAAGGCAGGAAAUCGACAUCGAUAACGUUCAUACAUUUUAUCCAUUUUGACUAGUUUACGUUUUUUAAGCAAGAAUUUACACGCGCUAUAAGACCAGGGUAAGGGAUCUAGCUACUACCGUAAAUAAUAUUCCAGUUCUACCUGUUUCCCCGUGUAACUAAAGCGACAUAUGCUCAGAGUUUGAGAAGAAUUUGAAACCUAACUUAUGAACUGCAAAAUUCUUAUAGCUAAGGGUAAAUGUUUUCUGUUGUUUUUUUUAUGCUGAACUAUUUUCUAGGAAGACCAAAAAAUGAGAAAAAUAUAUUGUUUUAACCACUGAAGAAAGAUUGUUCUAAUCAAAUAGUUUCGAUCACCGUUUGUUGCAUUCAAAAAGAAUUAAACGAAAAUAUUUGUUGACGAUUGGUAGGUUUUUUUUGCACUCGAUAGCAUUUUUCCGAAUCAGGUAAUUUUGAAGAUAUGUUUGUGCUUCUGUACGAAAUUUUGCCUAUUCUUGGGAAUAAAUAUUCUAUAUUUGUAUAAA